CCUAUUUCAGUUUUCCAAUUUAUUAUCGAUUUGUUUUAAAGAAAAUCCGAGUUCUUUCCCUCCUCGUUGUCUCUGUGAAUUGAGAGAACUUGCUGGUUUGGCGGAGCACGGCCACCAAUGGCGUCUCUCUUCAAGGAUCUGAGCAAGCUUUCACAGUAUAGAGACAGAAGGUUUCAGGGGUCACAGGAGGAAUUUGAACAAGCAUUGUUGAAAUCAACCACAGUGUAUGUUGGGAACAUGUCUUUUUACACGACAGAAGAGCAGGUUUAUGAGUUAUUCUCUAGGGCUGGAGAGAUUAAGAGGAUAGUCAUGGGUUUGGAUAAAAACACCAAAACUCCUUGUGGGUUCUGCUUUGUCAUGUUCUACUCUAGAGAAGAUACUGAAGACUCGGUUAAGUAUGUAAGUGGGACCAUUCUUGAUGAUCGCCCAAUACGUGUAGAUUUUGACUGGGGUUUCCAGGAAGGAAGGCAAUGGGGUCGUGGCAAAAGUGGUGGACAAGUAAUAUGCUACCUUUUGUUAUUCUUUCUUCUCAUUAAGUUACCGGAUGACUUUCCAUUUGAUUAGAGCCUUUCUACAUGUUUGAUUUGUUUUUCAGGUUCGAGAUGAAUAUCGUACUGAUUAUGAUCCAGAUAUCCUUUCCAUUUUUAUAUUUUCUUUUUGAAAAUACUACUAGUGUAACAGUGCUGUAUGUAUUUCAAUUGUAUGCUUGCUUCCAUCUUGAAUCUCUUUGAUCUAGUGUAACAGAAUUCUUUCAAUGUCUUAUUUUGCGUGCAGAUUGUUUUAAACAAGAAUAGGAGUAGUGUUCCUUUUCAAAAGGGUUUAAAGUGAUCACUGCCUUUUUCAAACUUUCUCAUAAAGAUAAUAUUGUCAGGCUUGUGUUGUUUCAUCAUUUAUUUUUUUGUUAUUUUUGUUUUUUCAUGUGUCCCUUUCAUUUUAAUCUGUCUCUUGGUUCAGGAGUUUAGAUUGUGUAGUUACACUCAUAAUGAAGAAGCAAGUAGGAUGCUUAUCUCCUCUUUUUAGAAGAAUGAUUGUUUUGAGGCUGAUUGUGUGUAACAAAUAUAGUUACUUGAUUUAGAAUUCUUUCCUGUGAUCAAGUGAUCUCAUUAUUCUUUCAUUACUGCUCUUCUUGCAUUAUCUGAAAAUAGAUGCAAAGAUAGUUUGCUACUGAGCUAUAGCAUGUUAAAUUCGUUUCUCUUCCGUUUUUUUUUUUUUUUUUUU